AUGACAGACAAAAUAUUAGCGAUAAUAUUUAUUCUUUUGGCCAGCAUCAUUUCGGAUGUCACAGCAAACCUAACAGCUUCGGAAUUAUUCAAUUUUGAAGUAGUGGAAUAUGUUCCGUACAUCAUUGUCACAACGCUUCUUGUUAUUAUCUUGUCAAUAUUCUUAAUUUUCAAGUUUAGAAAUACAGAUCCAACUUGUAGAUCUAAAGAUGGAACACACUAA